AUGGAAAAGGGGCCGAGAAGAAGAAGGAGCAAGACGGAGAGGGAGACGAAGAAGAACACGAGAGAACGGUCAUUGCCACUACCUCACCUCGAGAAGUACCCGAACGCUAGUUCGGAGUACGAGAGUCCCCGUCGGCACGAUAAGCGCCGGCCCCGAUAUGGUCUACUAUCCGUGGCUAUCCCGCAGUUUAGCUUGCCGUUUGUACCUAUUCGGCUUUACCUCUUACUUGUGUGGGGAGCUAACUUCCCUCUCUCAAGAGGACGCGAACGAGCGCGCGUGCUCGGCCGACGUGUGCGUCGUGGCCUGCCAAUUCUUCGUACAGGGGGAGCGAGCCCACAAGUGAACACCAGGAUCGGGGGAUCUAGAAGUCGCAAACCGAGCAAAACCAGUUCGAUAGGUGCCAGCCGUGGCGAGCAGGUCGAGCCCAUCAACACAUACUACUGGACGGAGCAUAGCAUCUUGACAGACAUAGAACGAUGUUUAGAUGUGCGACUGGCGAAAAUGAGCCUGGUCCAUCGUUAUCAGCAAUGUGUUGAUUUAUACUGUUGUUAUCCAAGUCCUAGUCCAAUGAACGUUCCUCAAUUUCAACUGGGAAAUAGCAUCGACAUAGUUUGGAAAGUUUCUCUGCAGUAACACGAUGUUUAAUAAUCGUAAUUCGAUUAAAUUGCCG